AUGAGCCUCCUAUGUAAUAGUGGUGAAGCUGCCCCGGCGCCUGAAAAGAAGGCGGAAGUGCCGCAAAUCGGCCCGCCGAGAGGUUCCAAGGUGAAAAUCUUGCGCCCGGAAUCGUACUGGUUCAACGACUACGGCAAAGUGAUUUCGGUCGACCAAUCCGGCGUUAGAUAUCCGGUGGUCGUGAGAUUCGAGAAGGUCAACUACGCCGGCGUCUCGACGAACAACUACGCUUUGGACGAGAUUGAGUAUUAA